ACGGACCCACUUCCAUUGCUCAGUAGUGCAUUGUUCAUUCUAGUGAAACGUACAAAGGAGUUGUUCCGAAAUUGAAAAUAUUCUUGAGAUUUGGAAGUCCUUGUGGAAGGAUCGUGAUAUUUUAGGAAGUGUUGGCAAGUGCUCAGUUGAGGAAAUAGAUAUUGUGGUUGAAGAUUUAUUCCGAGAAGACGAAAAUUCGCAUUUACUCCGUGCGAUAUUGAUCCAGUCCCAAAAAGGAGGCUGUAAGGACAUUAUGCCUCUGACAUAUUUGAGUGGAUAUUAGAAGGUUUUUCUAGUUACGAAAUAAAUCUGGAAGUUUCCAUCGUUCGAGUAUAAUGCGUGGUCUCAGCGGUUCCCCGAAGAAAAGCAAUACGUCGUCAACAGGAGCAAUAAUGCAAACAAAUAACUCCUCGAACACAAUAGCCUUGCCGAAGCCGCAACAUGCCAAUAAUCCGGAGGAUAUUGUUGGCGGAGUGCAGGACACCAUUUAUCUGUGCAAUUUUCGGGUGUCCGUGGACGGUGAAUGGUUGUGUUUGAAGGAACUUCAAGAUCUCGAGAUUCAAGAUGGAAAUGGCGGCGGCGGGAAUGCAGGUGGUGUCGGUGGCAAAAGAACAUCUUUGGAAGAAAGUAAUGGUCGUGGACAAGUAGAAAGCUUUGCUUAUGAUGGUGAUGGCUUUAAUAAAUACGAUCGUGAUUGGGUUCACUAUUGUCGAGAUCCGGCGGCUAUCGAACGUAGUAAUUUAGUGAAUAUCUGUAAGCUUGUGGUUAAGGAACUCCUGGAGCAAUCUCUAAGAUUUGGUCGAAUGCUCGAUUCUGAUCAUUUACCUCUCCAGCAUUUUUUCAUUGUUUUAGAGCAUGUUCUGCGGCAUGGAUUGAAACCAAAAAAGGGUUUACUUGGUCCCAAGAAAGAACUGUGGGACAUCCUUCAGAGUGUGGAGAAAUACUGUAUUGAAGCUCAGGAUAUUACAACAAGCGUACGAGAUCUGCCAACAGUUAGAACACAUAUGGGACGGGCUCGAGCUUGGCUUAGGAUUGCUCUUAUGCAGAAAAAACUCGCUGAUUACUUGCAGGCCCUCAUAGAGCAUCGUGAGGAAGCUUUAGCUGAAUACUAUGAACCACAUGCCUUAAUGAUGAGCGAUGAGGUUGUUGUUAUAAUGGGAAUCUUAGUAGGACUGAAUGUUAUAGACUGUAAUUUAUGUGUUAAAGAGGAAGACUUGGACUCACAGCAAGGUGUGAUUGAUUUUUCAUUGUAUCUGAGAUCUAGCUCGAGAACAAGUCCCGAGGACGAAGGUGCUAUAAUUGAAGGGCCCGGUGGAAAUAUGAACGCUGUGCUUGAUCAGAAAAACUAUAUUGAGGAGCUUAACAGGCAUCUGAACGCGACAGUUGCAAAUUUACAAGCAAAGGUUGAAUCCUUGACUACUACUAAUGCUCUGAUGAAGGAGGAUUUGGCAAUUGCCCGCAACAGCUUACUGGCUUUACAGGCUGAAAACCAAGCACUCAGACAAAGUAUUAAUAGGAAUUCUCAAUCAAAUAUAUCACAGACCGGAAAUGGGGAUAACCACUCCCAAUCUGGUAGUGAUCGUGUAUCGACAGCCGAAAUGGAAUUAUCAGAAUCAUUGGCCGAUGAGAGGAAGAAAACUCAAGAGCUUGAGAAAGAGUUGAAAAUUCAAAUCUCAUUAAAAGCUGAAACAGAUAUGGCCAUGAAACUACUCGAAAAGGAUAUACAUGAAAAACAAGAUACAAUUGUUUCGCUACGUCGUCAGUUGGAAGAUAUCAAACAGAUCAACUUGGAAAUGUACAAAAAAUUACAGGAAUGCGAAGAUGAACUUACACAAAAAGGUGAAAUGGUAUCACGUUUACAAACAAAAGCAUCACAGAUCGGUCAAAUUUUGCAAACCCUUGAGAAGAAAUAUGACUCAAAAAUCGACCAACACGACUUAAUCAAGGAAGUCCUGGUUAAAGAGAAGUCGAAUAGUAGCAAUCAUCGGCGAAUACAGACCAACUCUCAUCAUCAGAAACUAGAUAAGAAACCAAAAGGUGAUGGACCACCCCUGAAGAAACUCCACUUGAAAGUUGAUCCUAUUCCCCCGUUCAAUGCUAACAAAGUGCGGAAGUCCCCAAGUAUAAGUGCAACCACAAACGAUGGAAAUGCCUCGUCGUCUUCAUCAUCCCAAGAUGCUACUAAACAAAACAAUAAGAAACCCGACGCUGACAAUACACCAGGCGUACCAAGUUCUGGAGAUAAGAACAACUAGGCCAAACAUAGAGGCUCCAUUGCUAACACUUUUUCUUAGGUCUAAUGAUACUAUUCGCCAAAAAUAAACUUUCUUGCUUCCUAGGCGACUAAUCACUGAAGCGCUAACUACUCAAUUUGUAAAUCAUAGAAUAGAUUUGUGCAGGACACCAUGUCUGCGUAGCGGCACAUUAUCUUUAAACAACGCUGAAAUGUAAAGCAAAGUUAUAUCAUUGUGAAAUUAUAUAAUUCUAGGAAUGUGAGGCAUCGCUUAAGCACAAAACUGAACUAUUAGGAAAGCUUGAAUCGCAAAAGGAAGACAUGGCGACUGCUUUGUCUCAACUAGAGAAGAAGUAAGACAUUUUUUGUUACUUUAGGUGUAUCUUAUUGGUUGGUUUGAUUUUCAUAGCUUGGGGUAAUUUAUUUAUUCAAGAACUAGAUAAGGUAAGUUUUCAAAGAUUACCCAAAGCUACCUUCGUUUUUUCCUACAUCACUUGCUUCAGAACUUUCCAUCACUCUUAUUUUUUUAAGGACAUGUAUAUAAAUUCGAACUUCCAACUAAGUUGUGCUCACAUUUCACCAUAACUUGUGUGCAUUUUUCCGGAAACUUAUGGUUAAAUUGAAAUCCUUUGCAUUUAUUAGUUGGCUUUUAAUAGAAGCUUCGAUUCAAAUACAUUUGACAGACAAAUCUAGAAGAAGAAUAGAUAAUUAAAGUUGAAGUAGUUCCUUUAAAAUGGUUGAAAAUUUGAAAAAAUAUGUAUACAAAAAAUUGUAAAUUAUAGAAAAAUCACUCAUGGACAGUGGUCACCCCUUAGUAAAAUCGAAUUACUAUGAAACUUAGAGAGUUUGCUACUAAAACCUCAUUAUCAAUCUUGAAAUUGGGUCAAUUAGUUUCUGCCUAGAUAUAGGAACCCUUAAAGUUCUUUCUCUGGUAUUGGGUCUAUGAGCGAAUUUCAUGAAUCUUUGGAAAGCCGAAAGUUUGUUCGGUAAUUAUAUAGUUACUUAUUUCGAAAUGACCCUGUGGGAUCCCCAUAUAUCAUCCGGCACAAAACUGAGCAGAUACUAUCUAGUAUAGCAAUCAUCAAGUUCUAAAAAUAUAGUAAGUGGUCCCCUCGUGCUUGAGAAAUUU